CCAGAUUAAGAUCGAUCCGCCAUGGCUACGAGCAGAGUUGCAGAGAAAUCAUGCUUUAUUUUCCUCCUCCUCGUCUCGUCUUCCUUCUUGGCCGAGUCCAGGACCUUCAAACCCAGAAAGCCAUGCAAGCGCCUGGUUCUUUACUUACAGGAAACCAUGUUCAAGGGCAACAACGCCGCCAACGCGACGGCGGCCACCAUCGCCAACCCCAAUGGCACGGGGCUCGGCGGCUUCAAGUUCGGGAAGACGGUGGUUUUCGACGACCCCAUGACGGUCGACAACCAUCUCCACUCGCCGGCGGUGGCCCGGGCCCAAGGGUUCUACUUCUAUGACAUGAAAACCACGUACAAUGCGUGGUUCGCUUACUCGCUGGUGUUCAAUUCGAGCGACUACAGGGGGACGUUGAACAUAAUGGGGGCCGACAUGAUGGACGAGGAGAGCAGAGAUCUGUCGGUGGUCGGCGGCACCGGCGACUUCUUCAUGGCGAGAGGGAUCUGCACGUUCCGGACCGACGAGGUUGAGGGUGCCGAUUACUUUAGGGUUCAGAUGGAUAUUAAGCUCUAUGAAUGUCACUAGCCAGCCAGUAGCCACGCAUGCACGAUUAGCAGAUAAUAAUGUUGUUUUCUGCAAAUUAAUAAAUAUGGCUGUACGUUGCAUUGCCAUUUUUUGGCCCUUAUUCUUGCACCCUCGUUAUCAGUCACUCUGUCUCUGUCUCUUGCUGUCGCUCCCCUCCUCCACGAUCAGAGAUCCCCUCUGUC